GUCGUUUGUGCGUGCGCCGCAAUUUUUGUUGUCGCGUUUCCAAUCAAAAACCCUGCAAAUUUUUGCUAGUGAAAACUUCUUGAAAUGUUGUAAUAUAAUUACAAUUACAUGCAAGUGCUUCAAUGUGCAAUUAAGAUGACUAAAUACGUGUAAUCCGUGAGCAUAUACCAUGUCCGAGAAGGUGAGCAGCGCUCUGGCGGCACAACUGCAUGCGCAUGCGAUGGCAACAAGCUCCUCCACAGAGACUGCCACUUGCCAGCUGCAGCCAAUUAUUGGAUCCAAGGAUGCGCCGCUGCAAUUCGAGACGGAUGCUCCGGCGGCUGCAAUCGGUGCGCAGCUAAACUUUAAGAUUGUGCCAGUGGAGAGUUUGGGUGGCCUUAACUUAGGCCUUGGCAGCAGCUGCCAGGAGAUGUUUGCCUCGAUGAACACAUCACAAAUCUCAAAUGCAUCCACAGAGUCCAACUGCAGUCCGCCAGCUACGACAGCCGUGCCGCCACCCAAACCCAGCAGGCACAUGGCCGUGCAGCCUUUGAAUAGCAAAUCCUGUCGUUUUCCCAAGCUGGAGGAAUGCGCCCAUUUUCAUUAUGAGCGCGUACAGCUGGGCGCCCUGUCGGUGCAGCUGCUGGACGACAAGUCGGAGCAGAUGGGCAGCAGCAUUGCCUCCCAGUCGAUUGGCGGCGAGCUGGCGCACAGCUCGAUGCGUUCGGCUGCGUUCACGCCUGAGAGCUGCUGGUUCAUCAUACGCGUCUGCCCUCAACGCUGUGAACCGUUCCUGAUAAAGCGCAGCUACGAGAACAUGCAAAUGCUGGACGAGAUGCUGCAUCGUUGUGUCUACGACCGCAAGAUUAGCGGGUUGCGCAACAUGUGCGAACUGGAGGCGGAUGCGCAGCUGCAGAGCGAACAGGAUGUGGAAUAUGCGGUCGCCAAGUAUUUGGAACGCUUUUCCAAAAUAGCCUCCGAUUCGCUGACAUGCGGCACUAUACUCACCUGGCUGCAGUUGGACAAUAAAGGACGCCGCCUACCGCUGGCCGAUGGGGAGACACAGCGUACGAUCAAUACGCCAGCGGUGGGCGCGGCUUAUGGCGUGCGACGCUAUCAGGCGCAGGCGCCGGACGAGAUUAACAUUGAGGUGGGCGAUAUGAUCUCUGUUAUUGAUAUGCCCAGCCCGGCGGAAUCGAUCUGGUGGCGCGGAAAGAAGUCGCAUCUGCAGAAGUCCCUCUAUGAGGUUGGCUUCUUUCCUCAGUCUUGUGUGGCCACUAUUGGCGACAAGGUGCCACGGAAUUUUCCCAUGCCCGCACCGCUAGUGGGUCAUCUAGAUGCUUCGCCCACGAAGCCGGUGCUGCGCAAGCAUGGCAAACUGAUUGCAUUCUUUCGCUCCUUCAUAUUGUCGCGUCCGUCGCGGCGUCGCCUCAAGCAGAGCGGCAUCUACAGGGAGCGCGUCUUCUCUUGUGAUCUGUCGGAGCAUCUGCUGAACAGCGGCCAGGAUAUACCCAUGGUGCUGCGUUCCUGUGCCGAAUUCAUUGAGAACUAUGGCGUCAUCGAUGGCAUCUAUCGCCUCUCUGGCAUCACAUCGAACAUACAGCGAUUGCGUCGCGCCUUCGACGAGGAGCGUGUGCCAGAUUUGGGUAAUCCGGAGAUGAAGCAGGACAUUCAUGCGGUCAGCUCUCUGCUGAAAAUGUACUUCCGUGAGCUGCCCAAUCCGCUCUGCACUUAUCAACUGUACGACAACUUUGUAGAGGCUAUCCAGGUGAAGGCUGACGAGGCCGACGAACGUUUGCGUCUCAUGAAGGAGACGGUUUUGAAGCUGCCGCCGCCACACUAUCGCACCCUGAAGUACUUGUCGGAACACUUGAACAAGGUAUCGCAGCAUCACGAACGCACUGGGAUGACGGACAAGAAUCUGGCGAUUGUUUGGGCGCCCAAUUUGCUGCGAUCGCCGGCACUGGAAUCUGGCGGCGUCGCUGCGCUGCGUGGCGUGGGCGUUCAGGCUGUGGUCACCGAGUACCUUAUACGCAACUGUCACAACAUUUUCGAUGCGCUCGAGGAUCAUAAUGCGCGCCUGAGCAUAGUGGGCAGCACAGCGGCGGCGUCUGCUGCCGCCGCAGCUGCUGCAGCAGGCGAGCUGCGUCUAGAGUCGCUCACCGACUGCGAGAGCCUGCUGGUGGAGCAGCGCGAACAGGAUCAAUCGCUGGGUCUUGUCGAGCGACCAAAGAGCCUAAGCACCGGGGGUGCCAAGCUGAUUAGCCUCGAGGAGGCGCAAGAGCGGCACUCGCGCAUCGAGUGCAGCGGUGAUCUAAAACAAUCGCUGCCCAUCAACAUGAUGAGCAACAGUACGGCAGGCGGUGCCGGCGGCAAUGCUGCCUCCAACAUUGGCUCCUACAUUGAGGUGGGCGGCGGUCCCUCUAGCCUGCCAGAUAAGUAUCAUACAGUUCUGUCUGUGCCGCGCAGCUGGCAGAAACGCAAGCCGGAUAAGACGCCCUCGUGGAAGUCCAUAUUUACGCGCAGUCAGCGCCAAGGCAAUGAGCCCGGUCACAAGCUAAUCCUUGAAGGCGCCAGCAGCAAGGAGUCGAGCGGCUCAUCGCGCGUCAGCUUCGUGCAGGCCUCCCACGUGCAUGCCACCAAGGAGCUGUCCAAGCACGACAAACCAAAGUCCAUUGAGUUGCUAGAAACUACUCGUGAUGCACGCGACUCGGCGCUGGGUAGCAAGCCCAUGGAGCUAUGCAUACGCUCCAAUUCGAUCGAUAGUCUGCGCACGGUCGGCCAUUCGCGCAGCGUCUCGCACGAUUCGUACUUCGAUCUGCUACAGUCGCCGCAGCGCGGCCACAUGACCACCUGCCCCUCCCGGGAACUAUCCGAGCUGGGACUUAACUUUGAUCGCGAAGAGCCCGAAAUGCGCAUCUUCUCUGAGAGCGAAUCGCUUGUGAGUUCGCCGCGUGUGGGCAAGGAGAAUGUGCCACCAGCCUCAGGCUGUGCUACGCGUCGCAUUAUGCGCGCACGGCCGGAGGAGUUCUCCAGUCAGACGAACAGCGUCAAUCCAAGCCCCAAGAAGCAGCCUCGUCUCAACUUGCUCUCGCCCAGUGCGGCCCGCAUACUGCCGCAUCCCAAUCCACAACAGACCUGUGGCCAUGAGCCCGCUGGUGCUGAAAACUGCUGCAAGCGUUACAAGCUGGAAGAUCAGCUCUCGGACAUACAGUUCAUUGACUGCGGCACGCCGGAGCAUCCGUUGCCCGCGCAGCAACAAUUCGCCAGCGUUGAGGUGCAUCCGCCGCCAAAGCCAGCGCGUGCGCAGGCGCAGGCACAGCUGCCUUCGCCGACUGGCGCCACAGGUGCAGCACGCUAUAGCUAUCCAUCCGUGCAGCUGGGCGCUAAGCGUAAGGAGCAGCUGGCAGCCAAGGAGCGCUUCAGCUAUCAAGGCACCUUUACGCAGUCGGGCCUCAAACCGGAGCCCGCUGGUACAACGCGAUCCAUACACAAUGGAAACGCAACGUUGCGCGGCACAGAUCAGUCUACGGUGAAGCUGCCUGUGCCCACGCCCACAACGCCGGCGCAUAGUCCACGUUACUCGCUGCUGCUGUGCGACACGGAGAGCUCGGAGAAUAGCUCGGCAGUGAAUACGCCACAAUAUGAUAUGGAGCCGCUAAUGCUUAACUCUGCCAUGUCAGGCAUUUCAGGCGUCUCCUCCAAUGUGCAACAGCAGCCGCUGCUGCUGGGCGUAGACGCAGGCAGCAGUUAUCUGGGCAGUUCACAUGAGAGCCUGGGCCAGCAGUUCCACCAACAGCCGGAAGUGGAGCAACGCGAUAUGCAUGCCCUGAAGCGAGAACUGUCGCUGGAUUUGCAGCCGCUGCAGCCACGCCUGCCGCAGCCGGCGAACCGAGCCGCCACGCUGCCUAUCAAGGAGCAGCUGCAGGCCAGCUCGCCGAACAAUUCGAACUUUACGGACAACACUAGUCAAUCGGUGACACCCAGCGAGUUUGGCUAUCAGCAUCUGCAGCGCCAGCUGAGCAUGCACUCACUGUUGGCUACCGAGGAGAGUUCACCGCUCUACGAGGACUUUGAGCAGACGCCUAGCAAUGCGCUGACGCCGCCAAAGCUGCUGCCCGUUGUUAACAGUCCCAUCAAGUCGACCAUUAGCAUAACGUACAAGUCGCCGGAAAAGGAGAAGCCGCCAGCAAAGCCCGCGCCCUUGCUGGAGACGAAUUUCGACGAGCACAUUGUCUACGAGCAGGUGAAACUGUUUAGGAAUUCGGUAACCGAGGUGAAUCAGUUGCUGAAUGAGCGACACGGCCAGAACCUCAAGCAGAUUGAGGAGGAGGAUGUCAGUGCCAAUCGUGCGGCGCAAAUGACUCAGCAGCUGCUGCAACUUGAACAAGACCAGGACGAUGAAGAAGAAGAGGAGGAGGAUCAGCGAACGCAGGAUCAGCUGCUUUAUGAAAACAUUGAGCUGCGCAAGCCGAAAACAGUUUAUGAGAAUCUACGUGGCGAGGAAAUGAAACUCAAUACAUUAGGAAACGAACUAGAGCUCGAGUCGGAUUUGGAUUUGGAGUCAGUGGUGAAACAGCAGCCCAGCUGUGAUAGAAUCGAACUGGACAGCCUGGAUAGUUUGCCGAGCGUCGAACACAUCAACAUGGAACAACACGAACAACCCAGCAAAUCGCCAUCGUUCAGCGUCAAAGAGCUGGCCACCAAAUUUGAGAGUUCGCCUGUGGAGCAGUUGCCCAAUUUUGAUUUCACACAACGCGGUGGCUCCAUGAAAAAGCCAAAUGAGCUGAGUCUACCCAUCGCAGUUCCACCGAAGCCUGUGAUGCCUGUGCCUCUCAAAAAACUCAAUAAAGCGCAGAAAAUUACACGUUCGUUGGACGAGAACGCCUUUGUCCGCGAGUUUGGAGGCAAGCAGCUGCAGGACUUGACAGCCUGUAAGUUGCCAGAACUGCCGGAGCUGAACAAUCGCCGCAAGAGCUUUGAUUUCACGCGUCCCAAGACGCUGAAUCCGCCCAAGCGUUUGCCAGGCAUGAGCAUUACCGAGGAGAUAUGCCAGAAACGCGCCAAUGAACCGGAUGAGCCGAUCACCACGCCCACCACAGAGAAUCGCAUCUCGCUGAUACAGCAGAAUAAUGUGCCUGCCCGUGAGCUGCCCCAACCGAAUGCAGCAGCCGCCACAUUGAAUCUACCCGCUGGCGGACGCAAGAGCGUCUUGACUGGCGUCAUACUCGAUCGCGAGCGCAUCGAUAAGAUCAAAGAGGAGCGUCGCCAGCAGUUGACACAAAAGUACUAUGGGGACACAAUUAAGUCACGCUCCAAGACGGAGCUCAAUUCGGAUGACAAUAAUUUCCAGGCCCCCGAUUCGAUGCGCAUCAAGUCCAAGUCGCGCGGUGAUAUGCAUUCCCUGCAAAAGGACAUGGACAUGAAUCUCAAGCAGCUGGCACGCGCUGGUGCUGGCUCUGAGAGCACACUGCAUCACCCGGGCGACUUUGGCACACAACGUGUGCGCAGCAUCUCCGACGAGAAGAACCAGAACUGUGAUACCAGCAAUGGGGCCAGCAUGAAUCUAGCCGUGCACAGUGUCAAGACGACAGCCCAGAAAUAUGCGGCCAACAAUGCGCCAGUUAUCACAGCGAUUACGACUUCAACGAUGCCAGGAAAGUUUGAGCGGAGUAUCGGACGCGAUCGCCCGACAAGAAACUCUAUGCCCCAUCCAAUAACCACAGAAAGCAAUGCGAGCGUCAACAACAGAGAAAAGAUCUCACCACAAUUCUCAAUACGCGAUAUGACUGCAAUGUUCGAAUCUCGUUCACAAAAUCAAUAGGCUUAGGCAACAUCGAAUACAGAAUAUACAGAUUAUAUAGAUAACAGAAGACACAAAAAAGGAAGAGAAGUCGAGGUAUGAGAAGAAAAAGGAGCGGCCGCGUUAUAUAGCUUAUUUAGAUUGUAAAAUUCUAUAUGUUAAGAGCAUAUUUCGAGAGCACAUGCAAAUACGUGUCUAUUUCUAUAUAUAUACAUAUAUAUAUAUAUAUAGAUAUUGGAUUCUGGACCAUGCGGCACCAAAGACAUAAAACACAAACAAAAUCGCCGCUGGAUGAUAUAGAGCAGAGCAAAAUUCAAUUUUGUUUUCAAGAUGGAGCUCGAGGUAGAGUUUCGAGUGAAUAACUAACUAAAAAGACCCAGCGCCAAAUGCAAAUUGUUAUUGCAUUGGGCGAUCGUAGGUGUUAAGUUUAUAUUUAUAUAUUUGCAUAUAUAUACAUAUAUAUGGAUUCUCGUUUAUUUGUAUAAUUAUUGCAUUUCACUUGACUUGAUUUCGGUUUGUUUUAUGUGUGAUUUGUUUCAUAAAUGUUGAUUGAAAAAUUAAGAAGGCAAAAAAAA